AUGUGUAGAUAAUUUAAAGAAAAAGACUCAUUCCAAUUCCUGACAACUAAUUAAUAUUUAUUCUGCCUGCUACAUAAUUAUUAAUUUUUAUCUAUCAUUGAAUUCCAUAGUCUUAAAAUUGUUUGUUUGGAAAAUUUAAAAACUAAAUAUUAUGCAUAAAAUAGAUCAAAUUUAAGCAAUCCAUAAACAGCAUUUCAUGAAAUAUGUUAAGUAUAUAGAUUGUCAAAUGCAAUAUUGAUUUAUUUAUUUUUAAAAAAAUUUUGUGGUAUGGAAUAAUUCUCCCCCUCAUAAGCACUUAGUGCACUGAUCGAGAUCCAUUAAUAAGCAAAAAGUUUUUAAGAUCCAGCUUUACAAAAUAUCCUAGUAAACUUAACACACUGGGUUUUUGCCAUGUUGAAUUUUUUAAACAAUAGUAUGAAUUAACUAUUACCAUAAUUAUCUGCGCUAGAAUAGAAAUUCAACGUUUAAAUUGAGUAAAUCAAUAAUGACCUUUCUCAAAAACAGAACUAAAAACUCACACUGCAACCUAAAUAGAAAAGCAAUAUAAUAGACAUCUUGGAGGAAUCAUCUGGAUUGCAGAAUUGCAAAUCCACUNAUAUAUAAAUAAUUUGA